GUGGUUGACAAGACAAGAAAACAGUACUCUCAAUUGUGUGUGUAUUUUCAUAGAAAUAUUAGAUUGGUAUUUAACAAUAAACACCUAAACUCUAUCUACACGCCGUGAAGAAAACACGUAUUCAAAUAUAGCUUUUUAUAGUUCGUAUCGAAUUAUAAUCAUACACAAAACGCAAUUUUCUCUUUGAAGCACUCUAGACGUCUCAUUUAAUUGUGAUUUAAAAUGCCUAACAUCAAGUUGCAGUCAUCGGAUGAGGAGAUCUUCGACACUGACAUUCAAAUUGCCAAAUGCUCAGGUACUAUACGUACUAUGUUGGAAGAUUGUGGCAUGGAGGAAGAUGAGAACGCCAUCGUCCCAUUGCCGAAUGUAAAUUCGACAAUCUUGCGAAAGGUGCUCACCUGGGCCAAUUAUCACAAGGACGAUCCACAACCCACCGAGGAUGAUGAGAGCAAGGAGAAACGUACGGACGAUAUAACCUCAUGGGAUGCCGAUUUUCUAAAGGUGGAUCAGGGAACACUCUUUGAGCUCAUCUUGGCGGCUAAUUAUCUUGAUAUCAAGGGCUUGUUGGAACUUACUUGCAAGACUGUGGCCAAUAUGAUUAAGGGCAAAACUCCGGAGGAUAUACGCAAGACGUUCAACAUUAAAAAGGAUUUCACUCCCGCCGAAGAGGAGCAGGUCCGCAAGGAGAACGAGUGGUGUGAGGAAAAGUAAACCAUAACUGCAACCAACAGUAAAUGCCGAUAGCUAUAGCGAUAACAUACACAUAUAUAUAUAUAAACAUAUAACCAAUUGUUUAAAAGCAAUUGGUUGACUUGAAACACAAUGGAAACUAAGCCUAUUGAGAAAUUUAACUUUCGCAAGCAGAAACAAAACAAAAAUAAGUAAAAAAUGCUGCACUUUUAUCUAGAUUAUGUUUAAGUACGGCGUUAGCCAAUAAUUAACAAAUUUUUUUCUUGAAAACCAAAUUUGAUUUA